GGACAUACGUCAGAGUUGCCUGACGUCACAGACUUGACGUCGUAUCUAUGUAACAUACGCCAGUUGUUGGAACCGUUACUAAAGGACAAUAGCAGAAUUCUUUUGAAGUUGACUUAUUUCCAGCAAAAUCUAAGAGCAUAAAGACUAAGUUUUGCCUGUCAUUUUUAAAAUGACAUCACAAUUUAAUGACAGAGUUAAAGUGCAGCUCAAAGUGUUCAAACCGCUAGACUGCUAUCCAGGUGGGGCCAAUGACUAUUUUGUUGCUGUAGUGGGGUCAGCUAUUCAACUCGGAAAUUACAAUACCAAGAUGGCACCGAGAUGUAACCAGGUUGGACGUAACUUCUGGUGUAAAGAUAUAUGGAUGCCAAAGAACAGUACUGUACAGUACAAGUUUCUGGUGGUUCGAGCCUGCACGGGAGAUGUGACUGACAUAGAGUCUAUACAAUCACACACAAUUUAUGUCGGACAAAAGCCCAUCAUUGUUGAACACACGUAUAAUGAAAAGGCAUUUGAUGGAAAAGAAGUGGAUAGUUCAUCAACAGUGACAAGAGAAAGGGAGUCCUUCCACAAACCACAUCGCUCUGUUUCUUUGCAUACGGAUAACAAGGACCAUGCUUCACUAAAUGAACAGAGGUAUACACGACAACUAAACAACAAAGGAAACUUGCGGACGGUCAAGAAAGCAAAAGAUAAAGAUGUUUCUUCUGAGACAGAAACUAACAUACAAGAAGAUUGGUACACGACAAAGGAAGACAAAACAGAUCUCACGGCAAAGGAAGACAUAACAGACCUCACGACAAAGAUAGACAAAACAGAUCUACAUACAGGAGUUCUUCAGAUAAUGACAGCAGGUAUGGUGUCACAUCCUGAGAGAGAAACUGACACAAGGGAGGAUUCUUUGCCAAUGACAACUGAAAGCAUCGAAAAAGAUAUAACAGAAAUUGUAGCAGAAGAUAUUGCCUUACGUUCAAGUGGAGCUAGUAUGAAAGAGGACUGCAAGGAGAACGCAUCUUUGACAGAUACACGUGAUGUCAAUCUGUACCAGGAGGAUGUCACAAACACAUCGGAAACAGUUGUACAAAAUAUGACAGCAAACAAUAUUGACAUAACAAUGACAUACCAGAAUGCCACAUUCAGCAUUGAACGCUGCACCGAGCACACAAAUUUUAAUGUAUCACUAAUCUCACGUAGUGAUGUAACAAAUACACAUACAGUUACUGAUCCAUCUAUGAAAGACAGUACAGAUACAGGUCGUGUCAACAUGCCUGAGGAAAUUGAGACUGAUCUAGCAACUUCCAAAAAUAUCACAAAUGCAUUACCAGAACAAAAUAUACCAGAUAUGGAAACACAGAACGCCGACAAAUCAUUAAAGGGCGACCACUCUGGAUACAAUUUCAAUAUCAAUUGCAGGAAUGUUGCAGUUGUCGCCGCUGGAAUCACAGUUGUUUCAUGCAUUGGCUACUAUGUAUUCUUCAGAAAAUAAAGUCAGAAAUGCUAAGGGAUUACAUUGCAAUAAAUAUAUACGAU